GAUUGAGUAUGGGACAGGCAAUUUUCUAUUUAAAUAAGGGACGUCCCUUGUAAUACGGGACUGCUGGCAGUGUUGAUACCACUGGAGCUUCCGGGAUAGAAGAACUGAGCAGCUGGCACAGCUCCAGCAGCCUGAACAGCGUGACAUUCCAGCCUUUUACACUUAGCCACACCACCCACAAGUCUUUUGUCUCUGGAUAGUCCCUACCCAUUUCAACUGCUGUGGGUUAGCUCACCUGACCACUCUGUUGCUGUGCUCACGGAAAACCUCCCCAUAAAGUAAACACGUUCUAACAGAGACAACUACGAACAAACAAUAGGAGUUAUUCAAGCUUUAUGGUCUUGCUGGAGAGCGAGGCUUCCUGUGACGCAGCGAGCAGUGCGGGGAAUGGACGGUUGAUUUGUCUCUCUUGAAGUUUGCUCAUCUUGUGGGUCUGGAUUUCCGCUCUCGUGUUUCCUGUCAGAGCAGCAGAGAGCUCAGCAUAGGGAGGGGCGGCCGUGCCCUCUCCAGCUCUCUGGGUCCUGGCCCCAGACACCACCCUGUAGAGCUGCAGUCCCAUCCCCUCCAGGGCGAUGGCUCCUUGGCCCAAUCCUGCCUUGGUCUCCUUCUGGCUCCUGUCUCUCUGCUCCAUCACCCUGGCUGGGGUUCACCAUAUCUCCUAUCUCCAGCUCAUCUCCCCUCAGGUGGCCUCUGGUCUGCCCAAGCGACUGCAAGUGAUGAGGGUGAAUGACCUGGUGCUCUCAGUCUAUGACAGCAACACGCGCAGGCAAGCUCCCCGCAAUGGGUACAGCCCAGGGAACCAGGAAAGCCAGCAGUUCUGGAAUGCACGCAGGGCUGGGUGCCUGGCCUGGGACUUCUGGGUGGAGACUGAGUACCAGGGCCUGGUGCGGGAGAUGAACGCCAGCGCCCCAAAGGCGGAGCCCUACUACAUGCAGGUCUUGAAGACCUGUGAGCUAGACGAUGCCACCGGUGCUGUCCGAGCUGUCACCAGAUAUUCCCUCAAUGGGGAGGACAUGCUGCAGCAUCAGACCGACCAGAACCGCUGGUUCUCGGUGCACCCGGCAGCCUGGCGAGUGGCGGAGCGCUGGAACCGUGAAGGGGAGACUUCUGCUGUGCUGAACCACCUGCCACUGCAGCAAUGCAGGUUCUGGAUGGAGAGGUCUGUGCCAUUCACCACUCAGAAGACAGCCCAGCCCUCAGUGCAUGUGGCCUUCGUCCCAGGGACCCAGGACCGGCUGCGCCGCCUCAUCUGCCACGUGACGGGGUUCUAUCCUCGUGACAUCGAGGUGACCUGGGAGCGGGGAGGCCAGGUGGCCCUGGGGGAGCAGCUGACCAGCGGGAUCCGGCCAAAUGGGGACCCCACCUUCCAGAUCCAGGUGUCCAUCGAGCUGGGGCAGGAGGGGGUCGGCCCUGCAGAGCAUGUGUGUGUGGUGAGACACAGCAGCCUGGGGGAUACCCCUCUGAGGGUGACUUUGGAUUCCCAGGCCACAGGCCAACCUGGUAUCCUGGUGAUUGUUCCUUUCUGCAUCCUUGCGGUGCUGGGAAUCGGGGCCCUGGGCUGGUACCUAAGGAGGAGGCCAGGGGCCCAGAAGGGGCCAUAUCAUCCGGCACAGACGCAGCCAGAGACAGUCGACUCUGCUCCAUCCACCACUAAGCCAGCAGGAGCCUCCUCAUCCACAGCACCUUCUCUCACACAUGCCACUGAGUGAUCAGACACGCAGGCAGCUGUGUAAUGGCCAUCACCACAGACUGGAGCCACAUGGACCAUCCCUGGCAAAGGGGAGGUGCAGGGGGCAGGGGGGGGGUAACGAAUAAGGCCAAAAUCCCUGAGGUACAGGGUGGGCUGUAUGACAUUGCACCCCAUAUGUUUUAUGGAAAUAUGCUUAUGAAUGUGAAUAUGAUGUAAAUGGAAUAUGCUUUAUGCAAAUGGUCCCUUGUAUGGUGUCCUUAGGAAGCUUAUAAUCUACUAAAUGUGUUCAUCCUAUUUGUUUCUAUAUAUGGAGUUAGGAGAAUAAGAUGUAAACUUGUAUAACUGUUGUAGUCACACCAGUGAGGGCCGUCAAUGGGGCAUUAGGAACUUGAUGGCUCCCAUUGAGUAAGACAAUUAGUUGUAAAUGGUUUAUUUACCUGCAAGCAUUCCUGUGUAUGUGUGGGCCAACCCAGGAAGAAUGGAAACUAGGGGUCUUACAGUGACAUAUGACCAUGUCACAUGAUACUGGAAUCCAGUUUAGCCCUUGUACUUUUCCACUGAUGAGGCGGGGGUGGGGACCAAGCACAGACAAAAGAUUCCCGCCUUGUUCUAAAGCUAUAAAAGGGUGUGUGUAGAGGGGUAGUCACCCCACUCCGGCCCUGUAGAGGUUAAACCAGCCCGGGGAAAGGGCUGACGCUGCGAGAGGGCUGCUGCUGGGGUAAGCAGCAAGCCUGAGCUGAAAGGGGAAACAGCCACAGCUGGGGCCAUGCCCCAGUCAGGGCCCAGCUGGUCCUUAUAAGAGUGCAGUGGGCCAGGAGCUCCGACAAAGAGUCUCUCUCUCUCAGGCCAUAGAGGGAGAAG